GUAGGUGCGAGAAAUCGCCUACAGGAUUUAUCUCUAUCCCAACGCAGAGCUGAUGGGGUGUUUGGAAGAGCUGCUGAAAUGCAGAUACAAACUGGCCACGCUGGUGGGCUACGAGUCCUUCGGACACAGAGCCCUAAAGGGAACGAUGGCCAAAACCCCAGAGACAGUGAUGAGCUUUCUUCAGCUGUUAACAGACAAGCUGUCAGACAGAACAGCAAAAGACUUUAAGAUGAUGAGAGGCAUGAAGAAGAAACUCAGCCCUCGACAUUCUGAGCUCAUGCCCUGGGAUCAUCCAUACCUCAGCGGUGUCUUGCGUGCUGAAAG